CCUUGAACUUCGUCACACGACAGUUCAGACGAGCAAGUGUCUCCAACGCAAGCAUACGCGAGUCUAAUCUCUUAGCCAUGUUUAUAUUGCUGCUGCUCCUCUCCGGAGCCGGCUGCGAGUGGGUCGAAAUAUCCCAAAACCAUUACAGAAAGGAACCAAUACACAAAGUGUUAAACUUUGAACACACAACUAAAUCUAACACGAUAUACAGAAAUCAUUCAGUAACAGAAAAGCAAUGGCACAGAGGUGCAGUUGAUAAAGUGUCUAACCUAGCUAACAUCAGAAGAGUGCAACAUCCAAGCGUUAAAACAAAUUCCUUAAAAACGAGACCCGAAGACAAAAGAUUUAAUAAUAACUUUAAUGAUCACACACAUACAAUGGAAGCUGAGUACGAUUUUAUAACUAUAAAGCCAAAUAUACAAAAAAUCCACAAGCAUAAUAAAGAUGAUGAUGUUUUAGAGAAUCAAAAUAAAGUUACAACCAUUCGGUCUACCACUGCCGAUAUACGUCAAGUACAAUAUCCAAAUUCUAAACCUAUUAAAAAGCUUUCAAAUGCAGUAGCGAGUAUUGAUAGAAGAACACAAUAUGAUGAAAAGCGGAAUGAAGAGCUGAACGAUGUAUUUAAUGCAAAUUAUAGGAAACAAGCGCAAAUCAAUAAACCUUUACUAGAAACCGACAAACUAAAUUUUAAUGAGAACGAUAAAUUUUAUACAAUAGAAAAACCAAACUUUAAUAGAGGUUCUCUUGAUGAUGAAGUAAAUUUAGAUGUCCCAAAUAAAUCUCAGAAUAUACAUUUGAAUUACUCUAUCACAAAGGAACCCAAUGCUCCAAAAAUUAAACUAAUUCAAAGAGAAGAGAAUGAUUAUGUUAAAGAAAACAAUGUAUACAAACAAGCCACUUCAAUUGAUGACAAAAUUAAAUAUAAACCUCACGAUACAAAAUCACGUCCACUUGAAGAAUAUUUCGAUUCUAGAAAUCAUUUCAAAAAUCCUACUGCUUCUAUAGAUAAAAAUACUGAAGAAAUAGUAAAUGGGCCUAAUCCUCAAAACCUUCCAGACAAAAAUAAAGAUAUGGAGAUCAUACCAUCGAUGGAUGAUCAAGAAACUAGAUCUCCUAAUGCAGACGAUUUUAUAUCUAAGGAUAUGAACGUAGUAAAAGGAAAUUCAAUUAAAGGAAUAUGGAAAUUGAUAAAGGUAGUCGCGGACACUAUUUACAAAAAUACUCAUAGAAGUUUCAAGAGCAAGAUCAAAUAUUUGGAAGGCUUGAAGACGACAAUACUGACGAGUAUAGAAGAUCAAAUAGACAGUGCGUGGCCAGACGACGUCCGCGGCGCUCCAACUCGGCACAGUCGCGCCGCGCAGCCGCGGGGCCACGUGGAGUUCCCUUCCUCUGAAAGUACCUUGAUGACCAUUUCGUUCCUCACCUUCGCCGUCUUUCUCAUCAAAUUGGUUUUGCAAGUGAUCCACACGUACAAGAACAAGACGAUGAUGGUGACCCCCGCGGUCGUGGCGGCGGUGGGCCGAGCGGCCGCCGCUUUCAGAACACCUUCCUGAUGAUGAUAUCCAAUAAUCAUUUUGCAAUAACCUAUGUAUAAAAACCUUAAUAAAAACUUAAGUUCUGCAUGUA